CCACACUGGGCGAGAUGGAGCCCAAUUAACUGUUACACUGACAUCAGGACGGUUGCUAUUGGGCGUGUGCGUCAUGAUGGCCAGAUCGUGGAUCACCUUGGCGCAUUCCAGAUUCGUGAGGGUCCACUGAGAUAUGGACAUCAUACCUUCCUUGUGCAAUUUAAGUUGACCUGCACCUCCCUCUAGCAAUGCAGUCUUCCAGACUCCUCAGGCCAGCUCUUGCGCUACGAAGCACAGCUAAACAAACACCACACCUACGAACUUUUGCAAUUGGACUGUCUACCAGACCAUACUCUACUGAAAACACCGACCGACUAAAAGGCCCAGUAACAACAAAGUCGCCAAUACCCGGUAUGGAGGCCAUCAAGAACACUAUCGCCGAGAACCUCGGCAAGAUCAUUCCCGGCAAUGAGUUGGCAUCAUCAGAGAACCAAUUCUCACUUGACGCUGUCCCAGAUCUGUCCGGCAAGGUCGCCGUCGUCACUGGAGGCUCAGAAGGCAUUGGCUACGGCUGCACACAUACCCUGCUCUCCAAGAACGUGAAGAAGCUCUUCAUUCUGUCGAAGUCCGAUGACAUCGCCGCGGACGCCAUCAACGCUAUCAAGCAGGAGAUGGGUGAAGAGAAGGGCAAUCGUGUGGUGUGGAUGAAGUGCGAUCUGUCCGACUGGGAAGAGACUGGCCGCACAGCCUUUAAGAUCGCCGAGCAGACUGACAGAGUCGAUAUCCUGAUCAACAACGCUGCGCGCGGUAUCAUGACAUAUCAGCUCGCUAAGAACGGCAUCGACCUGCACAUGGCAUCGAACCACUUCGGCCACGUCGUACUUACAUCGCACUUACUUCCCAUCCUGAAGGAGACAGCAAAGAAGGGCGACAAGGUUCGCAUCGUAUGCACAUCAUCAAACCUGCACGAGCAGGCACCCAGCGACACACAGUUCGCCUCGAUCGACGAGCUGAACACAGAUCUUGGCCCUCAGCCCCAGUAUGGACGUUCCAAGCUUGCAGUGCUGCUGUAUGUGAGGUACCUCGCCCGCCACCUUACAUCCCAGCACCCCAACAUUCUCGUGAACGCCAUCCACCCCGGUAUCGUCGAGACCCGACAAUCAACCGAGCACAUUCACGAGGCCUUUCCGCUCGGUGGGUACGCUAUGAGUGUUGGUCUUGCGCCAUUCAAGAAGACGCAGUUUGAAGGUGCUGUCAGCACGAUGUAUGCUGCUACCAUGACUGAGAAGAGCGGUCAGUACAUUUGCCCACCUGCAAUCGUAGAGAAGGGAAGCGAUAAGGCAAAUGAUGUCGAGAUGGGUGAGAGGUUGAUGGAUCUGACGUGGAAGGUUGUGAAGGAGAAGACGAAGAGCCAGAGUGCGGAUAAGGGUUGUCCGUUUAAGGAGUCGUAGAGUGUAGGAUGUAAGAGGUAGUAAUGAUUAAUGUGACAUCACUUAUAC